AUGGCCAAAUACCAUGACGAUCUCAGCAUUCGUGCUAGUGAAGCGGCCGCUGAAGCCAGGAGUAAGUCGCAGAGUAGCUCCAGAAGCAACUUAUCCGCUGAGACCAAACGCCGCGGUCAGAAGCAACACCGUAAGGGCGGAGACCGGCGUGAACCACCCAAUAAGAAGCCUCGUGGCGGUGAGAAAGGUGCCAAUCCUGAGGCCACGUCCUCGACCAAGGCUAAAGAUCACAAGUGA